GUGUUUUGUGUGGGUUUUUUUUGGACAGACAGCCAUUUACGAUUCCGAAUGAUUAAGGCAGAUAGGAAGCCCCUUCUGAGAGUUUAACAAAGCUCUCAACAACCUACACCAUGGACACAAAGCUGGACCCUUCUCGAGAUGACCUGCCUCUCAUGGCCAACACCAGCCACAUACUUGUGAAGCACUAUGUACUGGAUUUAGAUGUGGAUUUUGACAGUCAAAUCAUCGAUGGCACCUUAGUGCUUUUCUUAGAGUCUGGAAACAGAUCCAGGAAAAAGAGUGGUUCCACUGAGGAAGCCUGCCGAUCAGAGUCAAAUGAAGCCUGCAAAUUUAGGAAGCCGGAACCCUGCCAUGUUCCUGUGGCAGAUACAAGGACCUCCUUGUCUAAAAUGGGAUACAAUGAUUUUGCAAUUUGUGGUAAAGGUGAAAGAGAUACUUCUGGUAAAGAUGGUAACCAUGACAACCAGGAACAGACUUAUGGGAUUUCUAGCUCGAAGCACUGCUGUGACACAGGGAAUCAUGGGAGUGAGAAUUUUUUGCUAGUGUUGGACUGCUGUGAUUUAUCUGUGUUAAAGGUUGAGGAGGUGGAUGUUGCUGCUGUGCCAGGUAUUGAAAAAUUUACAAGGUCUCCCAAGCUCACGGUUGUUUCUGAGCUCAGGAAUCAGAUUGUACGUGAACUUGUGACUCUGCCUGCCGAUCGUUGGAGGGAGCAGUUAGACUGUUAUGCUCGGUGCAGCCAGGCUCCUGGCUGUGGGGAACUCCUGUUUGACACUGACACUUGGAGCUUACAGAUCAGGAAGACAGGGGCUCAGACAGCUACUGAUUUUCCUCACGCCAUAAGGAUACGGUACAGAACCAAACCCCAGGGGCGAUCAGUUACAUGGACCUCAGACCAGAGUGGCAGGCCGUGUGUUUAUACUAUGGGAUCUCCCAUAAACAACAGGGCCCUUUUUCCAUGCCAGGAGCCCCCCGUUGCCAUGUCAACAUGGCAGGCCACAGUCCGAGCAGCUGCAUCUUUUGUUGUUUUAAUGAGUGGGGAAAAUUCUGCCAAGCCAACACAGCUUCGGGAAGGGUGCUCAAGCUGGCAUUACUACGUAACCAUGCCAAUGCCAGCCUCCACCUUCACAAUUGCGGUGGGACCCUGGAUGGAAGUGAACCCAGAGACGUGCUCACCAAGUGACCUGGCAGCAGAGAGGUCCCUCUUGCCGUCCGAGGCUGACUUUAGGUGUGCUGGCGUCUGUGGCCACAUGGAAUACCCCUGCCGCUUCCAGAACCCUUCUGCCACAACCCAAGAGGUCAUUCCUCAUCGGGUCUUCGCCCCCGUGAGCCUCACAGGUGCCUGCCAGGAGACCCUUCUGCAGCUGCUGUCUCCUUGCCUCUCAGCAGCACACUCUGUGCUGGGGACACACCCAUUCUCCAGGCUGGAUGUACUCAUCGUUCCUGCCAACUUUCCAAGCCUAGGGAUGGCCAGGUACCUUGUUCCGUUGUGGCACUUGGAGAGAACAUGCUUGGGGAAUUCUGUGACUAUUUCUUGCUUUUUCUGAGCUCUGUCAGAGCUGUCAUUUCAUUAGGAUGGAAGGGCCAUGAUUGCUUGUCCUUGGACAUCUCAUUGCUGCCUUGAGGGACAGUCUGUGCAUAGACUCUAUCAUGCAUGAGCCUUUGGGUGUCUUGGGCUGCAUUCAGCUGCCUUAAAAAUAGAAUGACAUUGUCGCUGGGAUUCAGAAGACAUGGUGUCCCCAGAGUGUUGU